UUUUUUUUUCUUAUUCUUUCUUUCUUUCUUUUAUUUUUCUUUUCUUCUCUUUUUUUUUAACAAGAAAAAUAUGUCUCUUAAAUUAACUGAGCUUGUAAAACGUCCUGGUAUUGGGAAGUCUGGAAAAGCAGUUCGUGUUAGAGCAAACUUCUUUGAGGUCACUUCGUUCCCUUCACAAAAUAUCCAUCAUUACGAUUUUACUAUUGAUAUCCCUAAAACAUCACUUGAAUUUAGUCGUAAAGUUUGGAACGCUUUUGAAACUACAAAUGCUAAUAAAAUCUUUGGUGGUGCUAAGGCAAUAUUUGAUGGUCGUAAGAAUGUAUUCUCUCCUAAGCUUCUUAAAUUAGGUGAAUCUCAAGCUGGCCAAUUUGAAGUUCAGCUCCCUGAAAUUAGUUCCAAGAAGAAUCCUAAAUCGAAUACUGUCAUAAUUUGUAUUAAAAAAGUUGGUGAAGUUAAUAUGGAAGAAUUAAACCUUUUCUUAAAAGGCAAGGCUGCUUGUAGUAAUAACUGCUUAAUGGCUAUUAUGGUUCUUGAUGUUCUUAUUCGUCAUGUGCCUUUAACGAUAUAUACUACUGUUGGACGCUCAUUUUAUACUCCUAAUGAUAAACGUUCACUUCCUAAUGGUGCAGAAGUAUGGCAAGGUUACUAUCAAUCUGCUCGUCCCACAGUUGAAAAAAUGAUGAUAAACCUUGAUGUCAGUGCUACUGCAUUUUACGAACCUGGUUCAUUGCCUGAAGUAAUAACAAAGAUUCUAGGCCGUCGUUCUAUUGAUGACUUUAGAAGGGGCAUGUCUGUAUAUGAUAUAAAAAAGUUGGGAAAGAUCCUUAAACUUCUUAAAAUACGUGUUACUCAUCGUGGUGAACACAACCGCAAUUAUACGAUAUGUAGCUUGACGCCUACCUCUGCUGAUCAGACUAAAUUUGUAUAUGAUGAUGGAGAUGAAAUAAGUGUUGCGGCUUACUUUUCUCAACGUUAUAACAAACGCCUCCACUAUCCAUUUUUGCCAUGUGUUGUUGUUGGUAAAAAUUCAUUCUUUCCUAUGGAGGUCUGUGUAGUCGUUCAGGGGCAGCGUAUUAAUAAGAAACUUAAUGAAAAACAAACUGCUGAAAUGAUUAAAUUUACUUGUCAAAAACCAGAUGUUCGCGCAAAUAAAAUUAUACAUGGUUUCAAUCUUUUACAAUACAAGAAUAAUGAAUAUAUGCAGCAAUUUGGAAUGACCAUUAAGCCUGAAAUGGCUAUUAUUAAAGCUCGUGUUUUACCUUCUCCCAAGAUUGCUUAUCAUGUUUCUUCACAUGAAGCUGAAUUUAUACCUCAGUGUGGCGCUUGGAAUUUACGUGGCAAGAAGCUCACUCAAGGUGCUACUCUUUCGUCGUGGAGUAUAGUUAAUUUUGCUGGUGGUAUUCCUGUUCAAGCUAUCCAAAGAUUUAUCCGUGAAAUGUGUCAAACAUUCGCUGAAAAUGGUAUGAAUGUUACUAACCGAAAUCCUCCUGUCUUAUCCGCUAAUCCACAAGGUGAUAUUGAACGUAGUUUGAAGGAAGCAUGGUUGAAGGCUGGAAACGUUGCUAAAUCAAAACCCCAAGUCAUUUUUUGUAUUUUACCUAGUACCAUUACAGCUUUAUAUGCUGAAAUCAAAAGGGUAUCUGAUACUGUCAUCGGUGUACCUACUCAAUGUCUCCAAUCUAAACAUAUUAGUGAAGCUAAAAAACAGUACUGUGGUAAUGUCAGUCUCAAGGUCAAUACAAAGUUGGGAGGUAUGAACUGGACUUUACCUCCUAAUUAUAUCCCUUUCCUUUCUCAGCGUCCUACUAUUGUUAUUGGUGCCGAUAUUACACAUCCUAGUUCUAGAGAUUCCACUCAGCCUUCUAUUGCUGCUCUCGCUGCUUCUAUAGAUGCUCGUGCAGUAAAAUAUACUUCAGUUAUAUCUUUUCAACCAAGCCGUACUGAAAUAAUUGAUAAAUUAGCUAUUAUGAUGAAAGAUGUACUUAAAAAGUUUUAUCAGGCGUGUGGUCAAAAGCCUUCUAGAAUUUUAUUUUAUCGUGAUGGUGUUUCUGAAGGGGAAUUCAAACAAGUCAUGAACUCUGAAGUUGCUGCUAUUCAUGCUGCGUGUGCUUCAUUAGACAAGACAUACAAGCCUACGCUUACCUUUGUUGUUGUUCAAAAGCGUCAUCAUGCUCGCUUCUUCCCUAUUGAAAAGCGUGACGCUGAUCGUACUGGUAACUGUUUACCUGGUACCGUUGUUGACACCAAUAUCGUACACCCUUUCGAAUUUGAUUUUUAUCUUCAAUCUCAUGCUGGUCUUCAAGGUACAUCUCGUCCUACACAUUAUCAUGUCCUUUACGAUGAAAACAAAUUCACUGCUGAUACUCUCCCAGAGUUAACGUAUAAUCUUUGUUACACCUUUGCUCGUGCCACACGUGCUGUUUCUAUCGUUCCUGCCGUUUAUUAUGCAGAUAUAAUUGCUAGUCGAGCACGUUUUCAUAGAAAAGGUGAAAACUGGUCUGAUACAGAUGCCACAUCAGAUGUUCUCGAUUCAGAAUCUCAAAUUGCGAGCUAUGCUACUGUUAUACCUGAUCUUCAGAAAGUGGCAUAUUUUAUGUAAUGCUUUAUAUAUUUAUAAUAAGACAGACACUUGGAUUAAUCAUACAUUUUUAUGCUAUUUAUAUUGCUAACAUUUACAAAUAUAUUUAUUUUAUAUUAUUAAAAUAAAAUGUAUGUUAUAUAACUGAAA